AUGUCAGCAUCUCCAAAAACCGCUCCAAGAACUGAAAGCGGAGAUUCCGAACGCUGUCACGGUGUUAUUCUACUUGGUCCACCUGGGUCGGGAAAGGGAACACAGGUAGAUGGAGACAAUUUUUGAAAAGUGUUGUUGUUUUAGGCUCCUCGAUUGGCGGAAAAAUUGAAGGCAUGUCACUUGGCUACUGGUGAGUUAUUUGAUUGGGAUUUUGUUGAUUUGUUGAUAAAAUAAACGCUUUACUUUUUGCUUUAACUUUGUCAAGCAAGGUCAACUCAAAAUGUGAAUAACUCGGCUGUUUUUGAGUAUCCUUUGCUAAAAUUUGGCCAAAACCUAAAAAAUGUUUUGCUUUAACAGUUAAAACAACUUUUUGUAGGUGAUCUCCUUCGAGCUGAGAUUUCAUCAGGAAGCGAGUUGGGCAAGUCUAUCAAAGCCACAGUGGAUGGCGGCAAGCUAGUUUCGGAUGACACAGUUGUAGAGUUGGUCAACGUAAACCUAAACAAGCCCGAAUGCAGGCUGGGCUUCUUGUUGGACGGAUUUCCACGUACAGUACCUCAAGCUGAAAAAUUGGACAAACUUUUGGAGAAAAGAGGAACUCCACUCGACGCUGUUUUGGAGUUCAGAAUCAAGGAUGAGCUGUUAGUGAGGCGGAUUACUGGUCGAUUGUUUCACAUUGCAAGUGGUCGUUCUUAUCAUACCGAGUUCAAUCCUCCAAAGAAGUCUAUGACUGACGACAUUACUGGAGAACCAUUGGUCCGUCGUGCGGAUGACAAUGAGGCUACAUUGAGAAAACGUCUGAGUGCCUAUCAUCUUCAGGUAAAUCUUAAUUUUUUGUUCAUUUAUUAGACUAUAGUUUGAAUAUCUAACCCUAAGCUUGGUUAAAAGAAUUAUGUUAAGACACAUUUGAAAAAUAUUUUAUGUUAUAGUAGGUAAUUAAAAAACAUUUUUUGUUUUGCGCUGUAACUUUCAACUGAGAUAUUACUCAUUUUUUUAACAAUUAAAAAAUAGUUUUUAAAUAUAUUAUUAUUUGAACUUACUGUAACGUUUUGAGACCUACUUUUUAAAAGUUUUAAAGUUUUUGUUAGUUUGUUAAAAUUGUAUUUGGCGUUUUUUAAGAAAUCUUUAAUAUUAUGCAACGGCGUUAUAUUUGUUUUUUGCAAAGAAAACGUAUAAAAAGGUACCUUAUGCGCGUGUUAGCGUCGAAGAGUACUCCGCGUCUUAAUCAGCUUUUAAAUAAAAGUUUUCGGAAAUAUUUCUCCUUUUUAUUUUCAGACCUCACCUUUGGUCGACUACUACUCGAAGAAGGGUAUUCAUCAUUCUUUGGACGCAUCAUUGACUAUGAAGGAGGUGUCGGCUAGAAUUGACACUAUUUUCAACAAGUUUGUGUUCAAACGAGCCACAGCUUAA